AUGGCAGAUGAAGCUGCUGACAUUUCAAAUAAGGAGAAUGUUUCUGUAGUAAUAAGAUUUCUGGAUACAACUAAAACCAUCCGAGAAGAAUUUAUUGGGUAUUACAUUUGUGAGGAGGGAUUAACAGGGGAGGCUAUCAAGGACAUUAUAACUGCAGCUGUAGCAAACUUAGGAUUGACAAUGGAAGACUGUCGUGGGCAGUGUUAUGAUGGUGCAGGCAAUAUGGCUGGAAGACUAAAUGGAGCCUCCUCAUUGAUCAGUGCAGAACACGAAAAGGCAAUCUAUGUCCACUGCAUGAACCACAGGCUUAAUUUGUGCAUAGCAGACACUUGCCAAUUGCCAAUUGUCAGGAACAUGAUGGAUAUUGUGCGCAAGAUUUCUAAUUUUUUUAACAAUUCUCCCAAGCGUCAACAACAUUUAAUAGCCAAGAUCAGAGAACUAUUGCCUCGGGCAAACCAUACUGUUUUAAUUGAUGUGUGCCGCACACAAUGGAUUGAACGGAUUGAUGGAAUGGACCGCAUAGUUGAACUUCUCUACCCAGUCACAGCUACACUUGAAGACAUCUCACUUAACAGAAACAGCCCUGGAGACUCAACCUGGAAUCCAACAAGCAGACAUGAUGCUCAGUCCUUAAUUAAUGCAAUCAACUUUUCCUUUAUUGUUUCUCUUGUUAUUGUCAGACAUAUUUUGGGAUUAACUAGACCACUCACAGUGAAGCUGCAACAAAAAGCAAUGGAUCUUCUAAAAGCUAAAGAUGAACUUGCUCUUUUGAAAUCAGUCCUUGAAGACAUGAGCACUGACAUUGAUAACAGACAUCAUAAUCUCUACCAGGAAGCAGUGACCAUUGCAAGACAAGUAGCAGUCCAGCCAGAAAUGCCAAGGAUAGCCCAGAGACAAAUGCAUAGAAAUAAUGCUCCUGCUGCAACUCCUGAGAGGGAUAUUUCAAGAUCAAUCUCACUAGAGUUUUUCUUGACCAUGUACUCCAGCAGCUCAACACCAGAUUCCAGGAUGAUACAGGACAUACCAAAUUAUGCAGGAUUACAGGCAGAGCUUUUGUUAUGGGAGAGAUUGUGGAAGGGGAGGGAUAACAGAGGAGAUAUUAUUCCUGACAGUUUGGAGGCUACACUGAAGGAUAUUGACAAAGAUGCAUAUGUCAACAUCUAUUCCAUGCUGAAAGUCCUGAUCACAAUUCCAAUUUCAUCUGCAUCUUGUGAGAGAUCCAUAUCAUCCCUUCGGAAUCUUAAGAACUAUUUGAGAAAUACAAUGACCCAGGACAGACUGAAUGGAUUGGCACUGAUGCAUGCCCACAGAGACAUGGAUUUUGACCUUGAACGUAUAAUAGAUUUAUUUGCUGAGUUACAUCCUAGGAGAAUGAGAAUGGCAAACAUUUUGUAA